GCCCUGAGACACAUUGUGCACUUUGCUCAAACACAGCUUGCAUAAUGUCUGGACGUGGCAAGGGAGGCAAAGGCCUUGGCAAGGGCGGCGCUAAGCGCCACCGUAAGGUGCUGCGCGACAACAUCCAGGGUAUCACCAAGCCAGCCAUCCGUCGCCUAGCCCGCCGUGGUGGCGUCAAACGAAUUUCUGGCCUAAUCUAUGAGGAGACCCGCGGCGUACUCAAGGUCUUCCUGGAGAACGUGAUCCGCGACGCCGUCACCUACACGGAGCACGCCAAGCGCAAGACGGUCACCGCCAUGGACGUGGUCUACGCGCUCAAGCGCCAGGGACGCACGCUCUACGGCUUCGGCGGCUAAGUCUAUCGGCUGGAUUUUCUCUUAACAGACUUUAAAAAACGGUCCUUUUCAGGGCCAACUACUUAUUUCACUUUUAAAGGGCAGUACACUUGAAUUAAGGUAGUAGCCCUUGAGUUUUCCCUCAAGGAGGCGAGUUGCUUAGGUCAUAACUGGUGGCUGCACCGUGGUAGUCUCAGCAUGCCAAGAAUGUUUUGAAACAAUUGGUGAACUACAUGGAACUUUGAAGUUCAGGUGUUACAGGCAUCUUCAGGGAACCAAGAGUUAAGUGAAUGGAGCAAGAUUUCCUCAUUGAUCCCCCAGUAAAGAUGCUUUACGGAAUCCAAAUAAGCACUAUGCGCCUAUUCCACAACAAGAAGUAACUGUCCUUAUAAACGCAUGUAUCAUUGGCUCGGGUGUAGCAGUUUAAUUUCACCAUACAAGAGGAUUUUCUCAGUUUAUAUUGUAGCCCCUGCCUUGACCUGCCACCUUUUUUAAAUAAAGGUGAUGAUUGAUCCUUUUCCUGUUACCUCUUGCACUGUGCUGCAGUGUGGGAAGAACAGGAUUGAAUUCAUUACACGUUAAAAAUCAAAGGAUACGUUUGCCCUGUGUCUUAAGCGCUGUUGCUUUCACAUCACUCUUCUGUUUGGAGAGGAGUUGUUUAAUAGAUGGAUCAAAAAGUCCUUUGAAAAGAAUCUGUUUAAAAAUAAACACGGACAUAAAGCAUUUCAUUGGGUUUAUUUUUGCUCUGAGGCUUGCCCAUGCUUUCCUGUCAGCCUGGCAUCCGGUGUUUAGAGCAGAGAGAGAUAACCCCAGAAAUGAAGGAUACAGUUGUAGAGCAAGGGCAGACCUAACAAUGCUAAAGAACAACUUGCAUAAGUUCAUUCUGUCACCCUUUGCUGAGUGGUAUUAGUCAACCUAUAUAUUCUUGAGUUGGUCACCUCUGCAUAUUUUAUAGUGCAGAAGAAAAGAAAGCCCCAUUCCGAGGAAAACGCAGUUCUCAGGUCUAAGGCCCUGAAUUGACUGAAUCUUACAAGACUGAGAAAUAAACCAUAAGAAGCAACAAGGAAUUGAUUUUUAGCCUUUUUAAGGAAGAAGACUGAAUUGUGUCCUGAUGCUUUGGAUUUGUCCUCCAUUCAACCACCUUAUGUUAUUUAAUACAAUAAAUAUUAAGUAAUUGGUCAUUAUGCAAGUCAUACGUAUUAAAUUUAUAGGAAGCAUUCCCAGGAUCCCCUGGAAGUUUUGGAAUGCUUUGCAUGGAAGGGUGCUUGUGACAGUACUAUUUCAUAGCUUUGGUACUCAGUGGAGUUAUUUACUAAAUAUUUUGUUGACUAGUGCAUGUCACAGGAUACCCUAUGUGUUUAGGCAACUAUGAUUGCUAUGUCUUGUAUCUCAUGACAAUAGCAUGACCUAGACAAAAAAGACAGAUUUGACCCUGCAAAUGUGUAGUGAAGUUUUCAGAGCUACGCUUCUUAAAAAAUUUAAUCUUUGUAGUCUGUGGCAAGUUGGCACUAUUGUGGCAUUCAUUAUAUAGGAUAACUCUCUUUUCAGGUAUAGUUCUUCCCCUUUUUCUCUCACAGCCUUUGUCCACCUCCCACAGGAUGCUGCAGGGAGAAAGACUUUGCCAGGUACCAGCUAGCUGCUUUAUCUUACCAGCCUCUACAUCUCUGAGAAAUACUUUGUAUUUCAUUAUUAAUUGCCCUGUCUCUGUUCUGUAACAGCUGUACAAAACUAUGAUACUGUCAUUGGUAUGGUAAAGGUCUAAUAAAUGUCAACUAUCUUUAA